AACUAAAAGAAAAACAAUGUUAAUUGUUAUGCACUUUAAUUUUCAAUCACUACAAUGUUAAACAUGGCUGCAAACAUGUAAGAACUUCUGGCACUCUUCAGGCAAAAAGAUGCCAAAAAGUGUUGUCCUUCUUAAUGUGUGACACACACUACAGAUAAUGUAACUGCUGUGGUGAUUGUUUGCAGCAGUCUUUACAUUCUUUACAGCCUCCUUGUAGUCGCACAACAAUACCAGCAGGGAUAAAGUGCAGUGUUGAGUCUCAGUCAGGCUGCGCACACGCAUCGGAGGCUUUUUUCUGUUGACUCCGCCACGUUGGUUCUCCUACGUGUGUGUGUCGCAUUCCCCUGCGCACCACCAACGUUAUGUUUGUGAUGAGGCGGGAAAUGGCGUCCGCAGACAUGUUUGGUCUUUGACUAGCUACCGAGCGACAGACACAGCUGGCAGCAACAACCACGGCUCCACCUCCACCGGUGGCCGCCACGGUCGUGGCCGAGAGCUGACAACGCUGCGGCAAGUUUUGAAGAGCUCCCUGGAUCGUCAAUUUUUCUAUGUGACGUCGGAGCACGAUGAGGCUGAGAGUGCGUAAAGCUCCUCAGCAGCUAAACUUAGGCCGCCGAACCCACCCGACCCAGGCCAAGCGGAAACACCGUGAAGUGGAGCCAUCUCCGGUGAGAGGUCAAGGCAAGAUGCAGAAGAAUGAAACAGGCCUGUUCUCCACCAUAAAGAAAUUCAUCCGUGGAAAUGCUGUUAAGGUGGAGCAGGACAUCCCUGCAAAGAGGAGUCGUAUUGAUUGUAAUUCUGAGAGCGAUCUAAUUACUUCAACACCACAGACUAGAGGCCUUACCAACAAAGCAGUCUCCAGAGUUUGCCGAAAAAGUCCAAAUAAAGACACUAUGACCUGCAACAGUAAACCCAUGAAACCAAACGGUAAACUAGAGGUCCCCGUCGAGGCAGCAAGCAGCCCACCACGCACCACCCUGCUCGGAACCAUCUUCUCUCCAGUCUUCAACUUUUUCUCACCAGCAACUAAAACUGCCACUCCUGGUUCAGACUCUCCUGGCCAAGCGGUGGAGGCAGAAGAAAUCAUGAAACAGCUGGACAUCGAGCCGGCAGAAGAAAUGCCAAGCAGCACUCUGACAUCCACAGAGGGCAUCACUCCGUGUCACCCUGCCCCGAUGUUACCGCAGAGGCUUCAGAUUACCUCCGAUCCAACCAUAGAAGAAGGAGAAAUAGUCACAGAGACUGACAUGCCGCCAUUAACAGCUCCUGGUUGUAUGCCAGACGGUGGUUACCAAGAUCCGUUACCUGCAGCUCCUCCAGAAACAACGUAUGAAGAGGAAUGGGAAGUUUUUGAUCCAUACUUCUUCAUUAAGCACGUGCCUCCGCUGACAGAAGAGCAGUUAACACGCAAACCAGCGCUACCUUUGAAAACACGCAGCACACCAGAGUUUUCUCUCGUCUUGGAUCUGGACGAAACUCUGGUGCACUGUAGUCUGAAUGAGCUAGAAGAUGCAGCCCUGACAUUCCCUGUGCUCUUUCAAGAUGUAAUAUACCAGGUGUAUGUUCGGUUGAGGCCCUUUUUCCGUGAGUUUCUUGAGCGCAUGUCUCAAAUGUAUGAGAUUAUUCUCUUCACCGCUUCAAAGAAAGUGUACGCUGACAAGUUGCUCAACAUCCUGGAUCCGAAGAAACAGUUGGUCAGACAUAGGCUAUUUCGUGAGCACUGUGUGUGUGUUCAAGGAAAUUAUAUUAAAGACCUAAACAUUCUUGGACGGGAUCUUUCCAAGACGAUAAUAAUCGACAAUUCACCCCAAGCCUUUGCCUAUCAGCUCUCCAAUGGAAUCCCUAUCGAGAGCUGGUUUGUGGAUAGAAAUGACAACGAGCUUCUAAAGCUUGUUCCUUUCCUCGAGAAGCUUGUGGAGCUGAAUGAAGAUGUCAGACCGCACAUCAGAGAACAGUUUCGUUUGCACAACCUCCUUCCUCCAGACUGAUGACCUCGUCUUUUAGUUCAAGAUGGUAUCAACAUUGGGAAAAAAAAAAAAAAACGGACUCCCAGAAGAAUAUAUUCAAUGGAUUUCUCUUUGCAAACAUUGCCAUUAUUAUAAUUAUUAUUAUUUUUAAAAGAAAAUCAUGCAAAAAAAAUUGAAAGUUACGUUUGCGUCAAAAAGCCCUGGAUGUUUUUCUACUCGCUCACACCAGAUUCAGAACAAACAAACUGACAGACUUUCCACUUUUCGCUCGCUUCUUUUUAGUGCGACUUUUGAAGGCGGCUUCCUGGAAGGUAUUUUGUCUUUUUAAGAACCAUUUUGGAUUGACAAAACUGAAUGUCAUGCAGUGUUGGAUCACAUGGACCUCGGUGGCUUCGGCCUGACCUCGAAAGGCCAGUCAAACCUGUAUAAUAUUCACUCUAUUUACCUGUAAAUACAUGUACAUAGUUUUUUUUCUUCAAGGUUUUUAAGUCAUUUUAUUUUCACUUCAGAUUUUAGUAUGUUAUUCUUUGACUCGGUUGCUUUUAUAGACCAACAAAAUGUUAGUGUGUUUUGUUUGAAGUUGUUGAUGAACAGCUGCUUUUCUGUUGUAUGCCUGCAUUAUUCCUGUGAUGCUUUACUCCAUUACAUGCAGUUGUCUGUAAUAAGGUGCAGUUUAAAAAAAAAAAAAACAGUCUCUUUGGGAGAAAAAAUGUUUCUGAAACGAUAUUUUAAAGCUAUGUAAUGUAAGCUAGACUUGGGUCUCAACUGAAUACAAAGCCAUAAUGGCUGAAUUAUAAUUUUGGAGAUUUGUAUUUGACUGUCCAUUUCUGAUUUCGACACCUUGAUCGUCCUCUUUGAUGAGGGGAGGGGUGGGGGGGUUCAGGCAUCUUGCACUUUGACAUCCAGCCCUUUGUAAGUUGAUGUAAAAUCUUGUCACUUUUCUAUACAGGUGUGUAUCACCUCGAUUUGUUAUGUGGGGGGGGGGGGGGGGUUAAAAAAAAAAAAUGAAAUUGUAGCACCAGCAAAUUGCCAACAUGUUUGCUUUGAAAUCUUGUUUUCCAAGGCGUCUUGUAUGUGGGAUCUUUAUGAUGUAGGAGUCACAAGUUUUAUUGACUAUUGAAUGAUCACUCCUGUUGUAUUCAGUGUUACUCAAUGGUUUCCUUGAAAAUAAAUACAUUUUUAUACGA